AUGGUCUUCUGCCCUUCGUCCAUGGCGUUGGGUCGUGCUUUGCUGUUGUCGCCCUUCUGUCACCAACCCGUGGCGAUCCCAGCUGCCCCGUCACUGCGGCGUCUUUUGCUUGAGGUUAAGCCGCGGAGCGAGAGCAGUCGAGAGGAGGUGGUGGCGGCUCUGCUGGAAAAACUACCCGCCCACUGCGACAGGGUGAAAAAGGAUAUGCUCCAUGCACGCUACGCAAGCAGGUACUACCGCAGUCGCUACGGAAGAGGGAUGGAGACGCGGGGAAAACAAUUGCGGGGGCUGCUGGAGAUGCCGGAUGAUGAAGUGCGGCGGUGGGCCCAAAGUCGAUGUGUUCCUGUGCGGGACCCACUGGCGCCGCGAUAA